AUGGCCAAAUAUUCAAGAGUUUGGGUUCUCGAUUUCAUGGAAGUGACAAGCCCGGUGGGGUUCCGAUUCUUCUCGGAGUUCGAUCUCGGACGCCGGCCAGGUUCUCGUAUGGUUGGCUUUGUGGUGUGUCGGUGCUGUGGCGUUGGGAUGCGUUGCGGCGGUGGGGCAGUGCAAGGUGGAGGGACGGCGGGGCGUGCAGGCACUGGCGGCAGCCUUGGUGGAUCGCGGGUUAAUAAGUCCCUACUCGUUAGGGUUAGUGUCAUGGAUUCUGACGAAUGGUUUGAGUUGGAUGGUUGGUUUAGGGUUAAUAGGAUCCAGUCUUUUGACGGCUUUUGGCGGCGCAUUUUAUUAUCAGCCUGUGCUGAGGUUUCCAGGAGAUCCUGGGAUGGCCCGCCAUAUAGUUAUCUAUUGUGGCUUGACCCCAUCCCAGACAAUGCUACUUACUUUGGCCUAGCUAACUCGAUUAGCCAUCCAAUUCAGUCUUCGUCGUUGGAUUCAUUGACAGUUCAGUUUAGUGUCUUCAGAGUCUAUAACUUGAACAUGAAGACAAUGUUCCCUAAUAUUCGGUUGUUUGAGCCCAAAGAAAGUUUCUCAAUAGAAUAUAUAUAUGUCACUUCCUCCCCAUUAAAACUGAAUUUAUCAAUGGCUUGUUUUGCACUAAGCAUUGUUAUUUUCAGCAUACUAACUUGUGCAUGGAGAGUGCUGAACUAUGUAUGGUUAAGGCCAAAAAAACUAGAAAGAUGCUUAAGGAAGCUAGGCCUCAAAGGCAACUCCUACAGGCUUUUGAUCGGAGACAUGAAAGAGAGCUUUAUGAUGCUGAAACAAGCACAAUCUAAACCAAUCAACCUCUCAUCCUGCCAUGAUAUCGCACCACGAGUCAUCCCUUUUGUGCAUCAAACUGUGAAAAACUAUGGUAGGGAUUCUUUUACUUGGAAUGGCACCAUACCAAAGGUGAAUAUCACCAAGCCAGAAGAUUUAAAAGAAAUCUUCGAAAAACAUGAUGAUUUUCAUAAGGUCGUAAGCCCAAUUACAACUUUGCUAAUAUCAGGUUUUGCAAUCUAUGAGGGUGAGAAAUGGGCUAGACACCGAACUAUUAUCAACCCAGCAUUUCAUUUAGAGAAGCUAAAGCGUAUGUUACCGGCCGUUUCUCAAAGUUGUGGUGAGAUGAUUAAUGAAUGGGAGACAUUGCUUACCGAAAAUGAUUCAUUUGAGUUGGACGUGUGGCCUUAUCUCCAAAAUUUGACGGGUGAUGUGAUAUCUCGAACAGCAUUUGGAAGUAGUUACAAAGAAGGACUAAAAAUAUUCGAACUCUUGAGGGAACAAGCAGUACUUGUAACAAAAACUUCACAUUUUGUUAAUAUUCCAGGGUGGAGGUUCCUACCAACUAAGAUGAACAAGAGGAUGAAGCAAAAUGCCAAAGAAGUACAAGGUUUACUGGAGGGAAUUAUAAAUAAAAGAAAAGAGGCAAUUAAGGGUGGUGAAUCAACUAAAGAUGACUUGUUAGGAAUACUUUUGGAAUCCAAUUUUAAGAAAAUUCAAGAACAUGGGAACCGAAAAAACAUUGGACUGAGUCUUCAAGACAUCAUUGAUGAGUGUAAACUGUUUUACUAUGGAGGGCAAGAAACCACUUCAGUAUUAGUUGUUUGGACAAUAGUUUUGCUAUCUCAAAAUCCGAAUUGGCAAACUCGUGCAAGAGAAGAGGUUCUGCAAGUAUUUGGAAACAAAAGACCAGACUUUCAGGGGAUGACACAACUAAAAGUUAUGACCAUGGUUUUACGUGAAGUUCUUCGGUUAUAUCCACCAGUAGCUUCUUUGAAUCGAACCACUUAUAAGAAAACACAACUUGGAACGUUAUCAUUACCAGCUGGAGUUGAAAUGUCCAUACCCAUAUUGCUUAUUCAUCACAAUAAGAAACUGUGGGGUGAUGAUGCGGAAGAGUUUAGUCCAGAAAGAUUUUCAGAGGGAGUUUCAAAGGCAACUAAGGGACAAAUUUCGUUCUUCCCUUUUGGGGGAGGUCCUCGCAUUUGCAUUGGUCAAAAUUUUGCUAUGAUGGAAGCAAAAGUUGUGCUAUCAUUGAUUUUGCAACACUUCACCUUUGAGCUUUCUCCAUCAUAUGCUCAUGCUCCUUCCUCAUUUAUAACUCUCCAGCCACAAUACGGCGUUCAUAUCGUCUUAAAAAAACGUUAA